AUGUGUUUGCAGUCUGCCAAACACAAGCACCUCCAGCAGCAGCAGCAGCAGCAGCAGCAGGGACUAACCAUCUUCCACGAUAUUUUCCGACGCGCAGACAAGAACGAUGACGGAAAGCUGUCGUUUGAUGAGUUCAAUACCUACUUUGCAGAUGGAAUCCUUACCACCGGGGAGCUGCAGGAGCUGUUCUACUCCAUCGACGGACGCCAGAACAACAAUCUGGAAACAGACAAGCUCUCAGAUUAUUUCUCCCAACACCUGGGCGAAUAUCUCAGCGUGCUUUCAUCUCUGGAGAGCCUGAACAUUGCUAUUCUGAAAGCCAUGGACAAAACUAAAGAGGAGUACCAGGGCUCCAGCGUUCUGGGCCAGUUUGUGACACGCUUCAUGCUCAGGGAGACGUCGAGCCAGCUGUUGUCUCUGCAGAGGUCCCUGCAGUACGCCAUGGAGGCAGUGGAGGAGCAGAGCAGCCCGGCCCCAGAAGCAACGUCCACUGACCUGACAACGGCGCCGAGAAACACCAGACGUUGUGGUCAGAAGAUCCAUAACAAUCCCUGCGUCUCUCUGCCCGACCCACGCUCCGUCUUAACCAAUGGUGUGAGCGAGGACCACGAGGAGAAGUGCUGCACCCAAAUCAACAAACUCCAACAGCUCCUGGACAAGCUCGAGUGCCAGGGUCCCAAGUUGGAGCCACUCCGCGAGGACACGCAGGCCGGCCCUCAGUCGAACAUCCUGCUGGUUCAGAGGCAGAUGUCCGUGAUCGACGACUACGCAGACAAGUUUCAGAUGGUUUUGAAGAGUUAUCUCGCGGCCACGGCGUCCAACACCGACAACCUGCAUGUGUCAGUUCAGAAGCUCCCAGGAAAGUCGUCUUACAUAAUGUAUGAGUUCUGGCAGGAUCAUCUCUCCUGGAUGAGCUACCUCCAGUCCAACAGCAGUAAGGACUUCCAGCGCUGUGUGAUCGACUUGUUGGAGGAUGCAGAGAUGGUGUCCACCAUGUUGCUCCCAGAGCAUUUUAUCAUCACAAUCUCCGAUGGCGGCGUCUGGCAGCCUCAGCGGGGCCUCAGCGGGGCCUCAGCGGAGCCUCAGCGGAGCCUCAGCGGAGCCUCAGCGGAGCCUCAGCGGAGCCUCAGCGGAGCCUCAGGGGAGCCUGGAGUGAAUGAAGAAUUACUUCUGUGGAGCGCUUUGAGAGGCCGUUGA